UGAACGCCGCAGAGAGCGCACGUCGCCAACCCGCGGAAUUACGAACGUAAACUCGAAACGAAACAUGAGGACGAAUUAUAUAAUUUUAUUUUAAAGUGUAUUUGUGUUGUGUUGUGACUUAGUGCUCUAUUAACGAUGGCGCUCUUUUUGUGUGUAUUCGCUUGUGCCGUGGCUGGGGCCCUCGGCUUCAAUGUGGACAUCCCGUCCAGGGUGGUGUACACCGGGAACUAUCAGUCCAUGUUCGGCUUCACCGUCCAGUCCCAUGUGGACGGUGAUAGAAAAAUGAUCCUAGUGGGAGCGCCAGAGGACGAGCCCUACCACGUGAACGGCGUGCGGAGGCCCGGCGCGGUGUACCGCUGCGAGCCCGGCCGGGGCUACCCGUCUGAGGACUUCGCCAACCCUCUGCAGAGCUGCAGCCUCAUGGAGUUUGAUAAGAAUAGAAAUAACAACGUGGACAGUUCUCAUCGGCAGAUUGACCAGAAGUCCAACCAGUGGUUUGGUGCAACUCUUACCAGCACUGGAAGAAAUGGACCCAUUGUGGCCUGUGCUCCCCGCUACGUAUCGUUCGUGACAGCCAAGCUGAACCAGCGGGAUCCCGUGGGAUCCUGCUUCGUUGCCAAAACACCUGAUGCUGUUGAUGUUAAUGAGUUCUCUCCUUGUCGAAACUGGUUCCGCACGCAGGACGAUGCAAGUCAUGGUCAACGUAAGACCGGAGUGUGCCAAGCUGGUUUUUCAGCGGCUGUAUCAAAGGAUGGACAAAGGCUUUUUAUGGGAGCACCUGGUAGUUUUUACUGGCAAGGGAGAACGUUAUCGAUAGAUCCUAGUGCAAGGUUCAACUACUAUAUGCCGAAGGAAGGUCAACUUAAAGUGCAGACGCUUAAUCAAAGACCAGUACUUAUAUCGACGCCUGAAGCCAGCCCGAAGUAUGAUGACUCGUACAUGGGAUACUCUGUGACUGUUGGUGACUUUGCUGGUCAGGGCAUUCAAGGAGUGGCAGUCGGUGUUCCCAGAGGAUCGGAAUUAAGAGGCUUGGUCGUACUUUACACCUGGGAACUCCAGAACAUAAAAAACAUCAGUGGCUCUCAAAUCGGUGCUUACUUCGGGUACAGCUUGGCGAGUGGUGACAUCGACGGUGAUGGAGCUGAUGAUAUCAUUGUUGGGGCUCCAAUGUUCACCAAGCCUAAGAGCGAUGGUUAUGAACAUGGCAGGGUUUACGUUAUUUAUCAAGGGAAAAAUAGGUCAUUUUCGAAGAACCACGCGAGAACUGGAGAAGUAUCACGGGGCAGAUUUGGUCUCGCAGUCACUUCACUUGGCGACAUCAAUUACGAUGGUUUUGGAGACAUAGCAGUAGGAGCACCUUACGGUGGUGAAAACGGCCGUGGAGUGGUAUACAUCUAUCAUGGUAGUGAAAUAGGUAUUGGAGAGAAGUACUCCCAAGCGAUCACCGCUGAAGAGAUCAGCCCAACCCUUACGACCUUCGGUUUCUCAUUGUCUGGUGGAGUGGAUCUGGACAAUAAUAACUAUACUGAUUUGGCUGUUGGUGCUUAUAAAUCGGACAGUGUUGUAUUCUUGAAAUCCCGUCCAGUAGUAAAAGUAAUGGCUGACGUGAAGUUCAUGGGGGAAAGCAAGUUAAUCUCCCUAACUGACAAGCGCUGUCGGCUCGCGAACGGCACGCAGGUUGCGUGUGCGCAGCUUAUGUUCUGUUUAACUUAUAAUGGGGUCAAUGUGGACCAGCAGAUCAAUUUCGAAGUAACUUUAGACCUGGAUUCCCGCCAAAAGACAAGCAAGCGGAUGUUCCUGAUGGAGAGCAGACAGACAGUUUACAAGACGCACAUUUUGUUGACUCAGGGACAACAGGAGUGCAAGGAAGCUAUGGUUUAUUUGGACGAAGAAAUCCGCGACAAGCUCACCCCCCUCGAAGUGCGUCUAACCUACGCCCUUAUCCAACCCUCUGGGGGUUCAGUUCCCCCCGUACUAGACAACACGCACGUGUCUGCGGCUGACGCGUUGCACAUACAGAAGAACUGUGGACCUGAUAAUGUUUGUGUACCGGAUCUGCGUAUGGCUGUUACUACGCCAAUAGUGAACUACGUGCUAGGCUCGGGCUCUGACGUGUACAUCGACGUGCGUGUGGACAACGCGGCUGAGGACGCGUUUGAGGCCGCGUACUACUUGCGUCUGCCGCCCGGCGUUACUUACGCUAGGAUGGAGAGAUUGGAUACCAAGUCAGAUGCGGACACACAACCAAUCUACUGCUCGAUAAAGAACAAGGACAACGAUGGCAACACCACGCUCAAAUGUGAUCUCGGCAACCCCAUGGCUACUGGGCAGAGUGCAAAUUUCCGCAUUAUCAUGGAAGUGGAUUCCCACGUGACGUCACUGAACUUCGACAUGGAGACCAACUCCACCAACCCUGAGCAGGGCACGGACUUCGACAACGUGCGACAUCUGCCCAUAGGCGUAGUGAUUAAAGCUGAGCUCUCUAUUAUUGGGACAUCAGAUCCUCCAGAACUCCAUUACAACGCGUCGCUAUACGAUUCUCAAGAUCUAAAAGACGAUACGAAACUUGGACCUCAAGUGAUUCACAAAUACAAUAUUAAAAACGAAGGACCCUUCACUGUAGACGAGGCGGAAAUAUACAUCAUGUGGCCCUACCAGACCCUUACUGGGGAGAACCUGGUGUACAUGCUAGUGCAGCCGCAGUGGGUGGGCGCGCUGCAGUGCGACGCGGCGCGGCACGUCAACCCGCACAACCUGUUCGUGCAGAACCCAUACGCCUUCCUGCUGGCCAAGGAGAAGGACGCUAUGAUGAACAGUGACUUAUAUUCGGCUGCUCAAGUCGGUGGUGCUGGAACCUACUAUGGACAAAAAUACUGGGAAGAAAAUUAUUCUGGUGACAUAAGUGGAUCUCAAGCAGGCAGUGCUCAAGCUGGUGGAGCUCAAUAUGGAACAGCCGGUGGUCAAUUUUCGAACCAAGGACAUUCCAGUCAAACUGGUCAAUACGGUCAAUCUGGUCAAAGUGGUGCUCAAUUUAGUCAGAGCGGUGGCCACGUUAGUCAGGGAGGCGCUAAAUUCAGUCAAAGUGGCAGUCAGUUUAGUCAGAGUGGUGGCCAAGUUAGUCAAAGUGGUCAAGUUCACGGCAGUCAAUUCAGCCAAGGUGGAAUGUCUAGUGGUCACGCUGGUGGUAGCUCUGGUGCAGUUGGCGGUCAAGGAGGAAUACACACAUACAACCGUACCUGGACGAGUGAAGAUAACUUGAGCGUCGAAGAGCGGGAAGCACUUAGAAAGAACUUGGAAGUACUAGCCAAAAAUCCCAAUUACCAAACUGGCCGUGGUUUCCAAGGAUCGCAAAGUGAAAGACACUUUUAUCAAGGCCAGGGACAGGGACAGAGUCAAGGCCAGGGUAAUUACGGAAGCGUGAACUACGGACAAGCACAAGGAGGUUACCAAAGCCAGGGUAAUUACCAGGGCCAAGGUGGAUAUGGACAGAAAGUUUACGUAUCUGGUGGUCAAGGAUUUGAAGGCGGUUAUGACAAGGAUGGUCGUAUUGUGCGGGUGAAGAAUCGUACUGUGAUCUAUGAUUCGAACCACAACAUCAUAUCGCAGACGGAGACGAGCACGGAGUACGGAUCGCUGGGCCAUGAGGGUGAAGCUGGUAGCUCGUUUAAUACCUACCUCAACAACCAAGGAAGUAACUCUGGUUCCUCGCAAGGCUUCAUCCACGGCUCGUGGGCGACCACUGAAACUGUCAACCCCAAUAUCAUGAACGUCGGCUCUGCUUCAUUUGGAGGUGGCUCUGACGUCACAGUAGUAGGAGACGAAGAUGAAGACAGACUCGAAGGAUUCGGCGCGUACGCAGCUCAGAACUCCAACAACGAAUUCAAAGUUGGCAUGGCUGAUGUCACUGGUGCUGUUAACUCUGGACAAAGACAAGGCUUCCAAAGUGGAAGUGGGUACCAAAGUGGUACAAGAUACCAAAGUGGUAUUGCCCAAAGUGGGGCUCAAAGUGGUGUUCAAAGUGGUGGAUUCCAAAGUGGAGGUUAUCAAGGAAGCAUGGGCGGUGGUGCUUACGGAACAAGCGGAGGAUACUCGUAUUCUUCAAGAUCAGGUGGCCAUUCUUACUCCCGAUCAGGCGGUGGUUUUAGCUCAUCGUCUGAACAACGACACGAAAGCACGAGACGUCGACGACAAGAUGAGGUGGACCCGUCCCUAAUGGAGAUGCUGCGUCGCUGCGAGGAGAAGUACAAGUGCGAGGUGGUGCGCUGCCGCACGGGCCGACUGCUCAAGGGGCAGGAGGUGUGGCUCGCGUUGAGAGCCAGGAUUAAUGCCACUGUGCUCAAUGAGAUAUCCGCGGAACACGCAGUAAAGCUAUCCACGUUAGCCGCCGCUCGUGUAUCCCGUCUCGCCCUAGCGGGUGCGGGCAAGCGGGAAUGGCGUUCAGCAGAAGCGCACACACAAGUGUCGCCGCGGUUGGAGCGCGCGGGCGGCGCCGUGCCGCUGUGGGUCAUCGUGCUCGCUGCGGUGUUGGGGGCGCUGCUGCUGCUGCUGCUCGUGCUGGCGCUGUACAAGUGCGGCUUCUUCAAACGCAACCGUCCGUCCGACCACGCUGAGCGCCAACCCUUGAACGGUCGCGACGAACACCUUUGAUAUCCGACCACCGACCUCGGCCUCGCUACCGACGCCACUACCGACACUCGCGACACUACCGACACACAUGACACUACCGACACCAACUCCUCUGUCUCCGACCGACACGCUUCAUACAGUUCGUCCACUGACGCGGCGAGUGACGUCACAAGCCACGACACUACCAGCAUGGAUCGCUACUGACAAAAACCAAUUAUUAUCAAAUUCUAAGUGUAUGCAGUGUUAAAAGUACUGUGAAACGAUUUGUGAAAGUAAUAAAGAACUUAGUAGUGGUAGUGUUUGCUUUUAAAAAAAUUGGAUUCGUCAAUUUUUACACAGAGCUAAGUAUGUGUAGACGUCGCACAAUUAUAUUUUCGAUCACCUGUGUCGGUGUGUGUUUGUACAAUAAUUCGAAUAGGUAAUGUAUAUAAUAAUUAUAAUUACAAAAAAAAUCCUUAAAUAUUUUUAUUUUAAAAAUAUUUCAAGGGACGAUAAAUAUUUAAAAAUUAUACUAACUUAACUAGUCACGAAUAGAUGAUCACGCGGUAUCCACGUGGGUCCGGCAUGUGUUGAAUUAUGUGAUCUAUGUUGUAAUGUUUAGGUGUAUUUUUGCUUGAUGCCGGAUUUUGAAUGACGUUUUUUUAAAUAAAUUAUUUAAAACGAACUCUAUAUUAAAAUAAAUGAGGUGUUUUCAUUGCAUGUUGAUAAUGGGAUAUAAUUAAAUUAAUUAAUAUAUAAAUAUAUAUUAAACAUAUUUUUCCAAACAGGGUUUCAAUUUUAUUUUUGAAAUCGAGCGCAUAUGAAAUAUGCAAACUAUCGCUUUCUCUCUCUAACAUAUUGACACGAUGCCUUGAAAGAGCGAGAUGGGUACUGAGCUAUAACUUCUAUUAACACUAUUAUCAUCAAGCAAUGAAACAAUUAGUUUUCUAAUUAUAUUUGUAUACUAAUAGAAACAUUGGUUUAAAAUUAACUUUUUGGAAGGAAUUUUAAUUAAAUUUUUAUUUUUUAUCGUUGGCUCUACAAAAAUAUUUUUAAAGUGAUUUACUA